GAAUGAAGCAUUAGCAGUAAUUAAUAACAAUAUCAGCAGUAACAUUAUCUUUUUAACAUUUUCUUGUGCAGAACACGGAGAUCCUGAGGGCUCUGCAGACAGCGUCCGGACUUUCUCCCGACGCUGAACCAAUCAAACUCCUCUCUGUGCCCAAAGGAGCUCUGGCUCAUUCGUUCGUCCAGCGUCUGCGGCUGCAGGAUCACGCCAACGGCCGGAGACAGAAGCUGGCCCAGUCCAUCAGCAGGAUGCAGCAGAUGAAGAAAGGUUCCUCUGGUCCUCCCUCCAGGUGUUCAACAAACCAGAACCAGGGGAACCCAGACGGGCGGAGGUUGAGGCGUGGGGAGACGGUGGAGGUCAGCUGCCCCUCUGCGAGCCUCGGCGCCCUGCCCCGGCUGAGAGAGCGGCCCCUGGGUCGCUGCCACACCCUGGACCCUGGACAACAAACGCCGGAGCCCACACACACUCCACACACUCCAGAAAACAGCCCGCAAGAGAGGGAUCAGACAGCCGACGCACACACCCACAGAGACCACGCACAGCAUGGCGCCGAUGAAACGCACUCCACCGGCGGUGUGUCCUCGUCCUCGCCCCCCUCGCCCCCCUCGCCCUCUGAUGGCCCAUUUGAACGCCGUCCCACGCACGCUCCACCCGCUCCCUGUGCUCCACACGACGCCACCAAGCCGUCCGACCCCACCAGCCAGAGUCUCCGCUCUGUGAACGGAGGGUCGGAGUCACCGGACGCUCACGCCAACAACGAGGUUUUGCGGUCCGAGGACACGGACGGAGACUCCGGUCCCCCCUGCACCACUAUCCAAUCUGACGGCGGCGAUCAGAGACCCGUGGACCCCGCACCGGAAAGGGGCGGAGAGUCCAAUCAUGGAGGUUGCAGCUGAAAUGAAUGGGGCCGCCGUGAGGAUUCGUACAGGGAGAUUAGAAAGGAGCACAAAGCUGACUCCCUUUGCCACGAAGGAACACAAACGCCAAAAACAACUAAAAAGAAG